CAUCAGCUGUUUGCUCCAUUGCCAGCCAUUCCAAGAACGCUUUGGCAACGAAACACCGCGUCAAUUUUGUUUUAAGUGAAAAUUUUCAUAAUUUGCAUGGAAUUUUAAUUGAAACCCCUCGAAAACACACACAAAAGUAUGGCUGAUGACGCGAACGAGGAUAGCUGGCUGUACGGCACCUCGAAUCCGGACUCCACCACAAACGAGAUUGGCAACGGCGACGAUGCUCUGGCGGCCGAACACGAGGCUCAGGCGCUGGCUGCCGUGGUGGCCGGCGACAAGCCGGGCUCCAGUGCCGCCUCCCUGUUGCCUGGUUUUCCCAAGGAGGAGGUGCCCGAGUACAGCGAAUUCGAUGAUCCCGCCGAAGAAAUGGAGGAGGACGAAGCGGCGCUGCCGGACACCACAGGCCGCCAUGCGAGGGUACGAGACGAGGCCAGAGAGGAGGCGAGAACGCCACCAGACCAGGACGAGGACGAAGAAAUGGACGAGGGUCCGGCCAGAAAGGAGCGCAACGGUUCCGGCUCCGAUGAGGAUGAUGACGAUGACUCGGAUGACGAUAUCAAUGUGGUGAUUGGCGACAUCAAGCAGGCGCCGAGCACAUUCAACAUUAAACAGCGUCCCAAUCUUUUGGCGGGUGGUACGGCUGCCGACAAGGCCAAGCCGGCUGGCCAGGCGGGAAAGUUCAGUAUCGAGGAUUUCGAGGGUGCCGGCACCAUCAAUGGCGUGGCUGUACACGAGUUUAGUAUCGAUUCGCUGGAGGAGAAGCCGUGGCGGAAGCCGGGCGCGGACAUCACGGACUACUUCAACUACGGCUUCAACGAGGAGACGUGGCGGGCCUACUGCGAGCGGCAGAAGCGCUUCCGCGUGGCAGAAAGCGGCGUCGGUCUGGCUAGUCUCACCCAAAACGUGAGUCAGAAUGCUCCCAUUGGCAUCCUGAAUGAUGGUGGCAUGAAUAUGGGUCCUCCGGGGAUGCACAACAUGCCGCCGAUGAUGGGCAUGAACGAUGUUGGCAUGCAGAUGCCGCCGCCGGGCAUGCCUCCACCCAACAUGAUGCAGCACCAGCCACGGCCGGGCAUGGGCAUGAUGCAGCGACCGCCGCGUCCCAUUUCCACCACGGGAGGCGGUGUCAAAGAGAAUGCCAUCCAGGUGAUGACGGCCGAGUGUCGGGAAUAUUCGCGCGGCGGCCUGGGACCCAUGGCGCCCAAUUUCCCACCGCCGGGCGCCUCCGAUGAACCCUUCUUCCACGAGCCAGAGCCCUUCGACUAUGGCUACGAGCCCACUCAGGAAUCGCAAUGGGGCAACGACAAUCCCGGCUGGGUGCCCACCGGCAUCAAGGAGCUGACGCCCGGCCACGCUCACAUUCAUCAGCCGCCGCCCGGAAUGCCGCCGCAAAUGAAUGUGCCGCCUCCCCAGAUGGGCGGACCACCUCCUCAACUCCGCGGCAUGAUGCCACCCAAUAUGCGAAUGCCACCCAAUAUGAAUAUGGGACCCCCGCAUGGAAUGAUGAUGGGUCCUGGGAAUGGACCGCCGCCGGGGAUGAGAAUGGGUAUGGCGCCGCCACAGCGAAUGCCCAUGGGCGGUAACAACAAUGGAAAUAUCAGCAAUUUGGCCUCAUCAUCCUCCGCCUCCUCCUCAGAUCGCGGGGGCUACGACGAUGAGCGCGAACGACGGCGGCGUGAAAAGGACAAGCAGAUCAAGAAGGAUCUGCUCCGCAAGGACUUCCUCGAGAUGCUGCGGGAACGUCACGACAUCGAGAGGCAUACGCGGUGGUAUGACAUCAAGAAAAAGUUCGAAGCGGAUCCCCGGUACCGAGCCUUGGACUCGACCUAUCGCGAGGAGUACUUCGAUGACUAUCUGCACAUGCUGAAGGAUGAGAAGCGCAAAGAGCGCGAUGUGAAGGAACGCGAUCGUCAUCGCGACAAGGAGCGAUCUCGAGACAAGGACAAGGAGAAAGAUGGCAAGGACAAAGACAAGGAAAAGGACAAGGACAAGGAGAAAGAAGAAAGAAAGGAGAGCUCCCGUGUACGUUCCCGCUCCCGCGACAAGUCCAGUCGCCGCAAAUCAAAAUCCCGCGAAAAGGAUCGCAGCGAACGCAGCAGCAAAACGGGUGGCAGCAGUUCAGGAGCCACCUCUGGCUCAUCGUCCAGUCGCGGCGACAAGAAAAAGUCGCAUCGCAAGGACAAGGAAGAGGAGGAAUAGCAUUUGUUUAGAUACUACAUGGAAGACGAGGGAGAAGCAGCUCCACCCUAAGCUGCCGAUCCACACACAAAACACACACAAUCCAAAAUACACAAAACGAAGCGAAAAAUUUUGAAAGAGAAAAGAAAGAAAAAACACUUCCAAUAAAUAAGAUAAAAACCCAACAAAUGUAUCAACGAAAUGGGAGAACACUGGGGAAUCGAAGGAAGAAAGGAAUUCUCUUAGGUUUUGGGGAAUUCUUCAGCUAAACAAAACGUUCGAUUUAAGGUUGUACUUCUUCAGAUAUAUUUUUCUUGUAAAUCAAAAGGUUCCACUGUAAUUUCUACUCAAAUUCAAAAUUCAAAUUUAAUCACACAAAAAUCUGUGGGAAUUUUAAGUUCUCUCCCUCUCAAAAAGAAACGUUAAAAAAUAUCAGGAAAAUCCUUUACAUAUUUAAUUCCGCCGCAUUGUCGCUGCAACAAUACACACACAAAAAAAUGACCUGAAAGAUUUAAAAUGAAAACAUUUAAUCCACUCCCCCGAGUUACAUGGCAAGAGGCAACAGAGGAUAUCAUCCCGCACUUGAACGGCCUGUCCAAUUGGUUUACGAGUAUUUUCAUUCGAUGUUCAGUGGUUUUUGCUUCUGUGUGUGUUUGACAUUUAAAUUAAUAACAACCGAGAGGAUUUUUAAAUAAGUUUAUGCAUUUAUUUAUUU